UGCAGCAUCCUGACAUUAAGACCCCCAUACCUAGAAGGACUCGUAGCCCCACUAACUGAGAGCAGAAAGAUAAGUAUUCUUCACAUUCAACAGUGCUUUAAAUGUUUUAUUAACACUUUCUUCCUCCACUACCUGUAGGAACAGCCCCAGCCUCCACCUACUUUCUUUUACCUAACUUAAAAUUCUUUCUUAACUUCUUCUUAAUCUCCCUUUCUUGAACCUUCUUAUUGCACUUAGCCUGGAAGCCUCAGGGAAGUGGCUCUGCUCACCCUGUAGUGAAGUGGGUUAUGGGCACAGUGUCGCUGGUGAUAGUCUGUGUGUUUCUAAGGCCUGCCUCAGGGCAGUUGGACUCCUGCAAUAUCCCUUAGUCAGGAGCGGUUCUGACUGCAGUGUUGAUGGUGGUGGAGCAGACCCUCCAUGGGGUCACUUUUCUGAGAGUCAAGCAGGAAUCAUCCAUUGGCUCAGAACAACCCUGCCCCUCUUCCAGGGAUGGAAGGCUAGAGGCCGUGCCAGGGCAGUCUGUUCUACAAGCAGGAAGGCAGGCAGGGCAGAAGUGAAUGCCAGUGGACUGUGCAGACCUCAGCUUGGGGAGGGCAUGUUCUCCUUGGAGUGGAGGUUGUUUCAUUGCCAGGGAGCUGGAAAGUUGCCUGUGGCUUUGUCUUCCCAUUUCCCGUACAGCUGUCUUGCACCUUUCUUCAUUUGGUGGAUGUGGGGGAGGAUUGCAUGCAGUCUGAGAAACUUGCUACGCUUAUGGAAGGACCCAGACCAGACUUCUCCCUCCUCUCAGGGCAAUGUACUUUGCCUGUUUCAAGAACGUCCUUUCCAUUUCCUGUUCCUGGGGCUGCACAAUGCGCUUCCUCUCUUCCUCUGGACAUAAGCCUGAAGAAAGAUAUUCUCUCCUAGAAGUUUUUAUCCCGGGCUGAAUCCUUUUUUUCCAUAUCCUUUGCAAUUGGAUCUCCCAGAGCAGGAGGCCACACUUGCACCUAUUUGUCAGAAGUGGGAUUGGAGUAAGGAGCCAAGUUCAACUAUCAUGACCAUGUGACAUAGUGGUGUGCGAUCAUGUGACAUAUUGGUAUGGGGAUCAUGUGACAUUGGAAUGGGGAACAAACAGCAGGAGACUCAGCAUUUCAGGACAAAGGCCACCGCUUUGUGAAAGCUUGAAGUGCAGUUUGCUGCUGAGUACAGAAGACCUUUGCAGACAGAGAGGGGGGAUUUUCUCUGUAAGGUUGCAAACAAGGUCCUGGAAGAUAAGAUUCCCACCAUGCUAACUUCUGUGGUGUUCUGGGGACUAAUUGCCCUCAUUGGCACUUCCAGGGGCUCGUACGCCUUCACUCACUCAAUGAACCCUCACCUACAUCCGCGCCUAUACCACGGCUGCUACGGGGACAUCAUGACCAUGAAGACUUCUGGAGCCACCUGUGAUGCAAACAGUGCGAUGAACUGUGGGAUCCGUGGUUCCGAAAUGUUUGCUGAGAUGGAUUUGAGGGACAUAAAACCUUACCAGACUCUGAUCAAAGAAGUCGGGCAGAAACAUUGUGUGGACCCUGCUAUCAUCGCAGCCAUUAUCUCCAGGGAAAGCCAUGGCGGAGCUGUCCUGCAAGAUGGCUGGGACCACAGGGGGCUUAAAUUUGGCUUGAUGCAGCUUGACAAACAAAAGUACCCCCCGCUUGGUGCCUGGGACAGCAAAGAACACCUUUCACAGGCUGCUGGGAUUCUAACAGAUGGAAUUAAGGCAAUCCAGAAAAAAUUCCCCACGUGGAGUGUUGCUCAGCACCUCAAAGGUGGUCUCUCAGCUUUUAAGUCAGGAGUUGAAGCAAUUGCCACCCCAGCAGACAUAGACAAUGACUUCGUCAAUGAUAUCGUUGCCCGAGCUAAGUUCUAUAAAAGACAAAGCUUCUAGGCAAAGCUCUGCAGGUGGGCCAGGUUGGCAGAGUGCUCAGAUGGCCACAUUUGGGAGUUUUAUAUGAAUGUGUUGUACUCAACACUGGCAAAGAAAUGAUUAAAAUCAUAAAAGAAAA